GGCGGCGGCAGCGGCUGAGGCGGCUGCGGGAGCGGAGCGGUCGCCAGGCGCGCGGGGGGUCGCCGGCCGCACUCCGGUGCAGGCGCUGUGCAGUGAGACAGUAAAUGCAUCCGCCGUGCGCUGCUGCAGGGUAACAUCUGGACUGGGCUCCUGUUCGGCCGCCCGCAAGUUCCUGGAUCGACUUGGCGAAAACAAUCACUCCAACUUAUUCUGAUCUCUGCUGAUCACAAAGAAACACAGCUGGGAAGAACUUUAAAGUCUACUGACAUUCAGAGGUCAGGUGGAAUGUUUGUUUGACUUUCCUUUAAAAAAAAAAAAUCAGUGUCCAACCCCCAGUUUAAUCAAGAUGUUCAUCAUUUCAUCCAUUGGAAACCAAUAGAAGGCAGGUAUCGCUGCUGAAGUCUUCUCAGAUGCUUCAGGAUAUCUUCAGGGAAAUCGACUACAUAAACUGAGAAUUUAGACAUUCUAAGUGAGCGUCCUCAAGUCAUCUGGAAAAAUGGUGGCCCUGUCCUUAAAGAUUUGUGUCCGCCACUGCAACGUGGUGAAGACCAUGCAGUUUGAACCAUCGACGGCGGUGUACGAUGCAUGUCGAGUCAUUCGGGAACGGGUACCCGAGGCACAAACUGGCCAAGCUUCUGACUAUGGGCUGUUUCUCUCGGAUGAAGACCCCAGGAAAGGAAUUUGGCUGGAAGCAGGCAGAACACUGGAUUACUACAUGUUGCGAAAUGGGGAUAUUUUGGAAUAUAAAAAAAAACAGAGACCUCAGAAAAUUCGGAUGCUGGAUGGAUCUGUGAAAACAGUGAUGGUGGAUGACUCCAAGACUGUUGGGGAACUCCUGGUUACUAUUUGCAGCAGGAUAGGAAUUACAAACUAUGAAGAAUACUCUUUAAUCCAAGAAACAAUUGAAGAAAAGAAAGAAGAAGGAACGGGUACAUUAAAAAAAGACAGGACGCUGUUACGAGACGAGAGGAAGAUGGAGAAGUUGAAGGCCAAGCUUCACACGGAUGAUGACCUAAAUUGGCUGGAUCACAGCCGAACGUUCAGAGAACAAGGAGUAGAUGAAAAUGAAACGUUGCUGCUUAGACGGAAGUUCUUUUACUCUGAUCAGAAUGUGGACUCGAGAGACCCUGUGCAGCUGAACUUGCUCUAUGUUCAGGCUCGGGAUGAUAUCCUGAAUGGCUCCCACCCUGUCUCCUUCGAGAAAGCUUGUGAGUUUGGUGGAUUUCAAGCCCAGAUUCAGUUUGGACCUCAUGUGGAGCAUAAACACAAGCCUGGAUUCUUAGAUCUUAAGGAAUUCCUGCCCAAAGAAUACAUCAAGCAGAGAGGAGCUGAAAAGAGAAUAUUUCAGGAGCACAAGAACUGUGGAGAGAUGAACGAAAUAGAAGCCAAGGUCAAGUAUGUCAAACUCGCCCGGUCUCUCCGGACGUACGGUGUGUCCUUCUUCCUGGUGAAGGAAAAGAUGAAAGGCAAGAACAAGCUGGUGCCUCGCCUGCUGGGGAUCACCAAGGACUCGGUGAUGCGCGUGGAUGAAAAGACCAAGGAAGUGCUGCAGGAGUGGCCACUCACCACGGUCAAGCGCUGGGCAGCCUCACCCAAGAGCUUCACACUGGAUUUUGGGGAGUAUCAGGAAAGCUACUAUUCAGUACAAACCACUGAGGGAGAGCAAAUAUCCCAGCUGAUUGCAGGCUACAUUGACAUCAUCCUCAAAAAGAAACAAAGUAAAGAUAGAUUUGGACUAGAGGGCGAUGAGGAGUCAACUAUGUUAGAAGAGUCCGUUUCCCCCAAAAAGUCCACCAUCUUGCAGCAGCAGUUCAAUCGCACCGGGAAGGUGGAGCAUGGUUCAGUGGCAUUGCCGGCCGUGAUGCGCUCCGGCUCCAGCGGGCCUGAGACCUUCAACGUUGGAAGCAUGCCCUCCCCACAGCAGCAGGUCAUGGUUGGACAGAUGCACCGAGGCCACAUGCCCCCGCUGACCUCGGCCCAGCAGGCCCUCAUGGGGACCAUCAACACGAGCAUGCACGCUGUCCAGCAGGCCCAGGAUGACCUCAGUGAACUUGACUCCCUGCCGCCUCUUGGCCAGGAUAUGGCGUCUAGGGUAUGGGUUCAGAAUAAAGUCGACGAAUCCAAACAUGAAAUCCACUCUCAAGUCGAUGCCAUCACAGCUGGAACAGCUUCAGUUGUUAACCUCACAGCCGGUGACCCUGCAGACACCGACUACACUGCUGUGGGAUGUGCCAUCACCACCAUUUCUUCCAACCUGACGGAGAUGUCCAAGGGUGUGAAGCUGUUGGCGGCCCUCAUGGACGAUGAAGUAGGCAGUGGGGAGGAUUUGCUCAGAGCUGCAAGGACCCUCGCCGGGGCCGUGUCGGAUUUACUGAAAGCUGUGCAGCCGACUUCUGGUGAGCCUCGACAGACAGUAUUGACCGCCGCUGGAAGCAUUGGACAAGCCAGUGGAGAUCUUCUGCGGCAGAUCGGAGAGAAUGAGACUGAUGAGCGAUUCCAGGACGUCUUAAUGAGUUUGGCCAAAGCUGUUGCCAAUGCUGCUGCCAUGUUGGUACUAAAGGCAAAGAAUGUUGCCCAAGUGGCUGAGGACACAGUACUACAGAACAGGGUGAUUGCUGCCGCCACCCAGUGCGCCCUCUCCACCUCCCAGCUUGUGGCGUGUGCCAAGGUCGUGAGCCCCACCAUCAGCUCCCCUGUGUGCCAGGAGCAGCUGAUUGAAGCAGGGAAGCUCGUGGACCGCUCAGUAGAGAACUGCGUCCACGCCUGCCAGGCAGCCACCGACGACACUGAGCUGCUGAAGCAGGUCAGCGCGGCGGCCAGUGUGGUCAGCCAGGCCCUCCACGAUCUCCUGCAGCAUGUGCGACAGUUCGCCAGCCGAGGCGAGCCCAUUGGUCGCUAUGACCAGGCCACCGACACCAUCAUGUGUGUCACCGAGAGCAUCUUCAGCUCCAUGGGCGAUGCUGAAGAUUCCGAUGCCUACUUCCGGGGAGCUGCAGCCAACCCUGAGAACGAGGACCAGCAGCAAAGGCUGAGAGAAGCUGCAGAAGGUCUCCGGGUGGCAACCAACGCCGCAGCCCAGAAUGCUAUUAAGAAAAAAAUCGUCAACCGACUGGAGGUUGCAGCCAAGCAGGCUGCAGCUGCAGCCACACAGACCAUCGCCGCCUCCCAGAACGCGGCCGUGUCCAACAAGAACCCCGCGGCCCAGCAGCAGCUGGUCCAGAGCUGCAAGGCGGUGGCUGAUCACAUCCCUCAGCUGGUCCAGGGGGUCAGAGGGAGCCAAGCCCAAGCAGAAGAUCUCAGUGCCCAGCUGGCACUCAUCAUCUCCAGCCAGAACUUCCUCCAGCCUGGAAGCAAGAUGGUGUCCUCUGCUAAAGCCGCAGUGCCCACUGUCAGUGACCAGGCUGCGGCCAUGCAGCUGAGCCAGUGUGCCAAGAACCUUGCCACCAGCUUGGCAGAGCUGCGUACCGCCUCGCAGAAGGCCCAUGAAGCCUGUGGUCCCAUGGAAAUCGAUUCAGCACUGAGCACCGUGCAGACCCUGAAGAGUGAACUGCAGGAUGCCAAGAUGGCUGCCGUGGAGAGUCAGCUGAAGCCACUCCCAGGGGAGACGCUGGAAAAAUGUGCUCAGGACCUGGGAAGUACAUCUAAAGCAGUGGGCUCCUCCAUGGCGCAGCUCCUGACCUGUGCUGCUCAAGGCAAUGAGCACUACACAGGGGUGGCUGCUCGAGAGACGGCCCAAGCUCUGAAAACGCUGGCCCAGGCUGCCCGGGGGGUGGCUGCAUCUACGAGUGACCCUGCGGCUGUGCAUGCCAUGUUAGAUUCUGCCCGGGACGUGAUGGAGGGCUCGGCCAUGCUCAUCCAAGAAGCCAAGCAGGCCCUGAUCGCACCUGGAGAUGCGGAGAGUCAGCAGAGACUAGCCCAGGUGGCCAAAGCCGUCUCUCACUCCUUGAAUAACUGCGUGAAUUGCCUCCCUGGGCAGAAGGAUGUGGACGUGGCCUUGAAGAGCAUCGGGGAGUCGAGCAAGAAGCUGCUGGUGGACUCGUUACCUCCGAGCACGAAGCCUUUCCAGGAAGCCCAGAGUGAACUGAACCAAGCAGCGGCCGAUCUGAACCAGUCUGCAGGGGAGGUGGUCCAUGCCACUCGGGGCCAGAGCGGAGAGCUGGCCGCAGCCUCCGGGAAGUUCAGUGAUGAUUUCGAUGAAUUCCUCGAUGCCGGCAUUGAGAUGGCGGGCCAGGCUCAGACGAAAGAAGACCAGAUCCAAGUGAUAGGGAACCUCAAGAACAUCUCGAUGGCAUCCAGCAAGCUGCUGUUAGCUGCCAAGUCUCUCUCUGUAGACCCAGGAGCACCCAAUGCGAAAAACCUCCUGGCCGCAGCUGCAAGAGCUGUGACGGAGAGCAUCAAUCAGCUCAUCACUCUGUGCACCCAGCAAGCUCCUGGCCAGAAGGAAUGUGAUAACGCCCUGCGGGAGCUGGAGACUGUCAAGGGGAUGUUGGACAAUCCCAAUGAACCUGUUAGUGACCUCUCUUACUUUGACUGCAUCGAGAGUGUAAUGGAAAACUCCAAGGUUCUGGGUGAGUCGAUGGCAGGGAUUUCACAGAAUGCCAAGACCGGGGACCUCCCUGCUUUUGGGGAGUGUGUAGGGAUUGCGUCCAAGGCUCUCUGUGGGCUGACGGAGGCUGCAGCCCAGGCUGCAUACCUUGUUGGCAUCUCUGAUCCGAACAGCCAGGCAGGCCAUCAGGGCCUUGUGGACCCCAUCCAGUUUGCCAGGGCAAACCAGGCUAUCCAGAUGGCAUGCCAGAACCUGGUGGACCCCGGCAGCAGCCCGUCACAGGUUCUGUCAGCCGCCACGAUUGUCGCCAAGCACACCUCAGCCUUGUGCAACGCCUGCCGCAUCGCCUCAUCCAAGACGGGCAACCCUGUGGCCAAGAGGCACUUUGUCCAGUCAGCCAAGGAAGUUGCCAACAGCACUGCCAACCUGGUGAAGACCAUCAAGGCUCUGGAUGGGGAUUUCUCUGAGGACAACCGCAACAAGUGUCGAAUUGCCACCGCCCCCUUGAUCGAAGCCGUGGAGAACUUGACGGCGUUCGCCUCCAACCCUGAGUUUGUCAGCAUUCCUGCCCAGAUCAGCUCCGAGGGCUCCCAGGCACAAGAACCAAUCCUGGUGUCAGCCAAGACCAUGCUGGAGAGCUCAUCAUACCUCAUCCGCACUGCACGCUCACUGGCCAUCAACCCCAAAGACCCGCCCACCUGGUCCGUGUUAGCGGGACAUUCCCACACCGUUUCUGACUCUAUAAAGAGUCUCAUCACGUCUAUCAGGGACAAGGCCCCUGGACAGAGGGAAUGUGACUACUCCAUUGACAGCAUCAACCGGUGCAUCCGAGACAUCGAGCAGGCCUCGCUGGCGGCUGUCAGCCAGAGCUUGGCCACGAGGGACGACAUCUCCGUGGAGGCCCUGCAGGAGCAGCUGACUUCAGUGGUCCAGGAAAUCGGGCACCUAAUCGAUCCCAUUGCCACAGCAGCUCGAGGAGAAGCAGCUCAGCUGGGACAUAAGGUGACACAACUGGCGAGCUACUUCGAGCCCUUGAUCUUAGCUGCAGUGGGUGUCGCCUCCAAGAUUCUGGACCAUCAGCAGCAGAUGACAGUGCUGGACCAGACCAAGACGCUUGCAGAGUCUGCCCUACAGAUGUUGUACGCAGCCAAGGAAGGCGGAGGAAACCCCAAGGCACAGCACACCCACGAUGCCAUCACGGAGGCCGCCCAGCUCAUGAAGGAGGCCGUGGACGACAUCAUGGUGACGCUGAAUGAAGCUGCCAGUGAAGUGGGGCUGGUGGGAGGCAUGGUCGAUGCCAUCGCAGAAGCCAUGAGCAAGCUGGAUGAAGGCACUCCUCCAGAACCAAAGGGGACGUUUGUCGACUAUCAGACGACAGUGGUUAAAUACUCCAAAGCCAUUGCGGUAACAGCUCAGGAAAUGAUGACUAAGUCGGUUACUAACCCGGAGGAAUUGGGAGGACUGGCUUCACAAAUGACCAGUGACUAUGGGCACCUGGCUCUCCAGGGCCAGAUGGCAGCAGCCACGGCGGAACCAGAGGAGAUCGGCUUCCAGAUUCGCACGCGGGUGCAGGACCUGGGCCACGGCUGCAUCUUCCUGGUGCAGAAGGCGGGGGCCCUCCAGGUGUGCCCCACGGACAGCUACACCAAAAGGGAGCUGAUCGAGUGUGCCCGCGCGGUCACAGAGAAGGUGUCCUUGGUGCUAUCAGCUCUCCAAGCUGGGAACAAGGGGACCCAGGCAUGUAUCACAGCUGCCACUGCUGUGUCUGGGAUCAUCGCCGACCUGGACACCACCAUCAUGUUUGCGACUGCAGGGACCCUGAACGCAGAGAACAACGAGACCUUUGCAGACCACCGGGAGAACAUUCUGAAGACAGCCAAGGCCUUGGUGGAAGACACGAAAUUGCUGGUUUCGGGGGCUGCAUCCACUCCAGACAAGCUGGCCCAGGCAGCCCAGUCCUCGGCAGCCACCAUCACCCAGCUCGCCGAGGUGGUCAAGCUGGGGGCUGCCAGCCUGGGCUCUGACGACCCCGAGACCCAGGUGGUGUUGAUCAAUGCCAUCAAAGACGUGGCUAAGGCCCUCUCGGAUCUCAUUGGUGCUACCAAGGGAGCUGCCAGCAAGCCUGCCGAUGACCCCUCCAUGUACCAGCUCAAGGGAGCCGCCAAGGUGAUGGUGACCAAUGUCACCUCCCUCCUCAAGACCGUGAAGGCGGUGGAGGACGAGGCCACCCGGGGCACACGGGCGCUUGAGGCCACCAUCGAGUACAUGAAGCAGGAGCUCACGGUAUUCCAGUCCAAAGAGGUACCUGAAAAGACAUCAUCACCUGAAGAAUCCAUCAGGAUGACCAAAGGCAUCACCAUGGCAACAGCCAAAGCCGUGGCAGCUGGGAACUCGUGUCGACAGGAGGACGUGAUUGCCACCGCCAACCUGAGCCGGAAGGCCGUGUCAGAUAUGUUGACGGCUUGCAAGCAAGCAUCCUAUCACCCCGACGUCAGUGAGGAGGUGCGCUCCAGAGCGUUGCGGUACGGGACGGAGUGCACCCUCGGCUACCUGGACCUUCUGGAGCACGUCUUGGUGAUUCUUCAGAAACCAACCCCAGAACUCAAGCACCAGCUGGCUGCUUUCUCCAAGCGCGUGGCCGGUGCCGUGACCGAGCUCAUCCAGGCAGCGGAGGCCAUGAAAGGAACAGAGUGGGUGGAUCCAGAAGACCCAACCGUCAUUGCAGAAACAGAAUUACUGGGGGCUGCAGCAUCCAUUGAGGCUGCUGCUAAGAAGUUAGAGCAGCUGAAGCCAAGAGCAAAACCAAAACAAGCGGAUGAGACCCUGGAUUUUGAAGAACAGAUCUUGGAAGCUGCUAAAUCCAUUGCUGCUGCCACAAGUGCCCUGGUCAAAUCGGCCUCGGCAGCCCAGAGGGAGCUGGUGGCCCAAGGAAAGGUGGGCUCCAUCCCUGCCAACGCCGCAGAUGACGGACAAUGGUCACAGGGCCUGAUUUCUGCCGCCCGGAUGGUGGCAGCUGCGACCAGCAGUCUCUGCGAGGCAGCUAAUGCCUCUGUGCAGGGGCACGCCAGUGAGGAGAAGCUCAUCUCAUCCGCCAAGCAGGUCGCCGCAUCCACGGCUCAGCUGCUUGUAGCCUGCAAGGUGAAGGCUGAUCAGGAUUCGGAGGCCAUGAGGCGGCUACAGGCAGCAGGAAAUGCUGUGAAAAGAGCCUCAGACAAUCUUGUGCGUGCAGCCCAGAAGGCAGCAUUUGGCAAAGCUGAUGAUGAUGAUGUUGUAGUGAAAACAAAGUUUGUAGGGGGCAUUGCUCAGAUCAUCGCCGCCCAGGAGGAAAUGCUGAAGAAAGAGCGAGAAUUGGAAGAAGCAAGGAAAAAACUAGCCCAGAUCCGCCAACAGCAGUAUAAAUUCCUACCCACUGAGCUGAGGGAGGACGAAGGCUAAGGCCAGAGCCAAGAGGGUGCACCCAAGGGGCCGGCCGCGCAAGAACUGGAUGGACAGCCGUCCUGAGGGGCCAGGCACCACCCUGGAACUGCCCACCUCCCCCUGGGGUGAGCCGGGAGCCCUGAGCUUUCCUGCUCACUCCUCUGUCCUGUCGGGCACCAGCUGCAUGAUGGUGAUGUCACGCGGUACAGUGUGUUCCGCCCACAGCUCCUCUGCCACCUCCCCCAACCCCGCCUCACUGUAUCUCAGGAGAGAGGGGCGCGGGUUCACGGACUGGUACCAGAAAGGAGGAGUCAGUAUUACAUCGUCCUCAGACACUCGCGCUUCUGUUGGUCCUUCCCUGGGCCUGCUGUGAAAUCUGAAUAGGAAAAAAAAACAAAAAAACAAACAGCUCGGGGGAAAUCCUUGAUGCCAUAGCUACUCAAAGAUACUCUUCUUCCUCUCAGGAGAAGAUGGACGUUGGAGUUGGACACGGUUAAUAAAGGCCAGAAACAUAAACCAGUGUGGACUCCAGGAGGGCAACUCGGGUCCUCCUGCUGUGUCUCAAGCACUGGCUCACCCAGAGGGUGAAGAAUUCCUGCUCCUGUUUGCACGCUUUCUUGCCUCAGUGUGUAAGCUCCUUGUACAAUCUAGACCCAACUUGUAUUCUGUGGCCCAGAAAAUCGAAUGAUUUUUUUUUUCCUCCAUAAUCCAAAGGGGCAGAGGUAUGGGGGACUGGUAGGGCUCAGUGAGCAGGGGCUGUAAUAAAAUGCGUGGGCUCCUUA